CUCAGAACACAGCCCCAUUGUGUGCCUGUGUUUUGCUCCCGGCAGCGUCCUGGCCCGAGGUGAUGAUGGGGAAGCCUCUCAGAUGCCUUUUCGGAGGGCAGGAUAACUCCACUUCGACUCCAUCCCUUGCACAACCCUCUAGAGCCUUAAGGGAUGGGAAUAUCAUCCCUUCAUCAGGGACAGGGAGAGGGGGAUAAAGUUAACCAUUGCCCUGCUGCCUGUGGGAUCAGAGAGCACCGUCCCAGCACAGGGGGCCGAUGCUGAGGGGGGGCUUUUCCAGCCCAAGAGGCUGCUGGAGCCCAAUGCAGAACUGUCCUUUUCCCUGGAUUCCCAAAGCUGUGGCCUGCAGAUAAAGGGAUGUUUGUUAGCUGGGCACACUGUGUUUUGCCGAGCAGAACAAUAAAGAGAAAGACACUCACAAUGGGAAAUUGUGCUUCCUCCUCCCUGUGUGCUCCUCGGGGAGGUGUUGGAGAGGGAAAAAAAAGAGAAGAAAGCGAGAAGAGACGGUGACAGGGCAAGGAGCAAAGGCACGGCCGGCACCAUGGGAGUGGGCAUCAAGGGCCCGCGGGGCCACAGGGCUGCCAGGACACUGCCCGCCCCAGGACGGUGACGGGGUGGCUGGGAGCACCUGCUCGCCACCUCCCGUGUCCCCGUGUCCCCGUGUCACCUCUUCCCAGGAGCCUCGUGGCGCAGGUCCGGCCUUCCCAGCACCCUCGGCCCCACCAUGGGGUGUUCAUGACGGAGACGGGAAGCAGCAGGAGCUGGGGCAGCACGCGGGCUGGGGGCGUUGGAUGGGCACUGCGGCUCCCCGAAGGACACGUCUGGGGACGGCACCAUCCUGCCCCUGGCUCUAAGGAUGCACAGGCUGCUCCUGCUCGGCUGCCUCUGGCUCCUGGCAGCACCCCCAGCGUCCAGCAUCUUCCAGCGGCCGACGGGGACCCCAGCCCCACCACGCCUGCAGUACCUGCUGGAGCCCCUCCACCCCGCGGUGCACACGAGGCGUGGUGCCACGGCCACCCUGCCCUGCGUCCUGCGCGCCCUGCCCCACAACUACCGCGUCAAGUGGAGCAAGGUGGAGCCGGCCAACUACCGGGAGAACAUCAUCAUCAUCACCAAUGGGCUGUACCACAAGAACUACGGGCCGCUGAGCCCGCGGGUGCGCCUGCGGCACAGCCACCGCUACGACGCCUCGCUCACCAUCACCGAUGUGGCGCUGGAGGACGAGGGGCGCUACCGCUGCCAGCUCGUCAACGGGCUGGAGGAUGAGAGCAUCUCGCUCAUGCUGCACCUUGAGGGCGUUGUCUUCCCUUACCAGCCCAGCAAUGGGCGCUACAAAUUCAACUACCACGAAGCCAAGAGAGCCUGCGAGCAGCAGGACUCGCGCCUCGCCACCUACCAGCAGCUGUACAAAGCCUGGACGGAGGGUCUGGACUGGUGCAACGCUGGCUGGAUCCUUGAUGGGACCGUCCACUACCCCAUCAUCAACUCGCGGGAGCCGUGUGGUGGCCGCCUCCUCCUGCCCGGUGUCCGGACCUAUGGCGCCAGGGACAAGCAGAAGGACCGAUUCGAUGCUUUCUGCUUCACCUCUGCUCUCCAAGGCCAGGUCUACUUCAUCCGGGGCCACCUGAACUUCAAGGAGGCCGGGCAGGCGUGUCGCAACCACGGGGCUGCCAUUGCUAAAGUGGGACAGCUCUACUCGGCCUGGAAGUUUUCACAGCUGGAUCGCUGUGACGGGGGGUGGCUGGCGGACGGCAGCGUCCGGUACCCCAUCACCACCCCCCGCGAGCGCUGCGGGGGGCUCCCCGACCCUGGCGUCCGCAGCUUCGGCUUCCCCAGCAAGGAGAUGAGGACCUACGGCGCCUACUGCUUCGUAGGGAAGUAAGGACACUGGGAGGAGAGGGGGGCUGAGCAGAGGGGACAGCGGUGGGACACCAGUCCUCAUCAGCUGGGCAGAGGCUUGAGGCGGGGUAGGAGGGGUGGUCUCCCAGCGAUUUCGGGUGGUUUGGGCAGCCUCUGGUUAAGUGGUGGAGCUGGAUGUGGGUUCUUGGUUUGUCCCCCAAUGGAGUACCCGUGUCCCAGCCUGCUGUGAGGCUUGUGGGGUGUUUGGGAUGUACUGGAGAAGCCAGACCCACUGCUGGACCAGGAAGGGGGGGUCUAAUCCAGGCCCCCAGCAGACGGCACAGGCUGCCCAUUCCCCAACCCUGGUGAAUCCCUCGCCCCACCCUCACUCCCCACAGCUGUGAGGACUAUGGCUGAUGACUCUGGCUGCUGCAAGUGCAGAGGACUCGGGCUGGGCAUUAACGAGUGUGACUAAUGGCGUGUUGCCUUUUCAAUUAAUAAAGCAACAGCAAAACUGUGUGG